AUGGCGAUGGCAUCAAACUGUUCCACACAAGAUUUUGAUUAUGGAGAAAUGAGUUCCAGUGACAUGUUCCGGUUUGUUCAUACAAUGAAUGGAAAUGCAGGCGGGCAACUGUUCAUGCCAGUCCAACAGCCUCUACAGCAGCAGCACUUUCUACACCAGCACCAGCAUGUGCCCGAUGCUGGCACACACAGUCGUUCAGUCCAGGAAUCUCAGCAGUACGGGCACCAUGCUGUGUCUGCAGCCACAGUCCCCUCUCCGUACACGCAGUCCAGAGACAGACAUCGCCACACAUUUGCUGCCCCAAUCCACCCACCACAACCACCAGCACCGGCACCUUCGGUGGAAAUAUUGGAACAACCAAAGUCUCGAGGGUUGAGGUUCAGAUACGAGUGCGAGGGCAGGUCAGCCGGCAGUGUCCCUGGAGAAAACAGCAGCAACGAACAUAGGACAUACCCGACUAUCAAGAUACACAACUACACUGGCCCUGCCAUCAUCGUUGUGUCCUGUGUGACCAAAGAGCUGCCCCCACACUGCAAACCCCAUCCCCACGCUGUGGUUGGCAGGGACUGCAAGAAAGGGGUCUGCACACUCAGGGUCAAAGACACCAGUGACAAGAUUGUGUUCCCCCAGAUUGGAAUUCAGUGUGCCAAGAAGAAGGACGUGGAGGCUGCCCUGAAACUGCGCAAGGAAAUUAAUGUAGAUCCAUUUCAGACUGGCUUUGAACACAUACAGUCCAAUAUUGAUCUCAAUGUUGUUCGCCUGUGUUUUCAAGUAUUUCUGCCAAACGAACAGGGCAAGAUUACCAGAGUUGUCCCUCCAGUAGUAUCACAAGCCAUACACGACAAAAAAUCGUCUAAAGACCUUGUCAUUUGUAGAGUGGAUAGAAGCUCUGGGAAAGCUCGUGGAGGAGAUGAAAUCUUCCUCUUGUGUGACAAAGUUAAUAAAGAGGAUAUCAAGAUCAAGUUUUAUGAAGAAGAUAAUCAGGGAGUGACUCUCUGGGAGGAUCAUGCUGACUUUGGACAGGGAGAUGUUCAUCGCCAG